CCGCCGUGGAAACCACGGAACGACUGCCGCUUUGGGAACCAGGUUCCAGGAAAGCGCAUGCGCAAAAGCCACGCGCGAGAACACGAUUUCCUCUCGCUAAGCAUGCGCGCCGCUUUCCCCGCCCACCGUCCUCAGAAGAAUGGUGUUUCCUCGCAGCGCCUCUCUCAGGAGCGAUUGGGAAUUGGCGCAUGCGCACUACGGCGGUGGUGGCGACGAAGGCGGGGGUUGCACGUUGCCUGCCUCGAGCUCUAGGUGGCGUCAUCCUUCGGGCUGAGCCGAAGGACGCAAGCGCGGAGGUUCGCACGCGGAGAAGGGCGGGUGCGCGCCGCGGGCAUGCGCCGUGCGGGGCGAGACGGCGGCUCGACGGGGUCAUCCGGGCGCAGGCGCAGUGCGGUGUUUGUCUGCCGGACUGACGGGCGGCCGGGCGGUGCGCGGCGGCGGUGGCGGCGGGGAAGAUGGCGGCGUCCUCCCUGGAGCAGAAGCUGUCCCGCCUGGAAGCAAAGCUGAAGCAGGAGAACCGGGAGGCCCGGCGGAGGAUCGACCUCAACCUGGAUAUCAGCCCCCAGCGGCCCAGGCCCAUUAUUGUGAUCACUCUAAGCCCUGCUCCUGCCCCGUCCCAACGAGCAGCCCUGCAGCUCCCGCUGGCCAACGAUGGGGGCAGCCGCUCGCCAUCCUCAGAGAGCUCCCCGCAGCACCCCACGCCCCCUGCCCGGCCCCGCCACAUGCUGGGGCUCCCGUCAACCCUGUUCACACCCCGCAGCAUGGAGAGCAUUGAGAUUGACCAGAAGCUGCAGGAGAUCAUGAAGCAGACGGGCUACCUGACCAUCGGGGGCCAGCGCUACCAGGCAGAAAUCAACGACCUGGAGAACUUGGGCGAGAUGGGCAGCGGCACCUGCGGCCAGGUGUGGAAGAUGCGCUUCCGGAAGACCGGCCACGUCAUUGCUGUUAAGCAAAUGCGGCGCUCGGGGAACAAGGAGGAGAACAAGCGCAUCCUCAUGGACCUGGACGUGGUGCUCAAGAGCCACGACUGCCCCUACAUCGUGCAGUGCUUUGGGACGUUCAUCACCAACACGGAUGUCUUCAUCGCCAUGGAGCUCAUGGGUACCUGCGCUGAAAAGCUGAAGAAGCGGAUGCAGGGCCCCAUCCCCGAGCGCAUCCUGGGCAAGAUGACAGUGGCGAUUGUGAAGGCGCUGUACUACCUGAAGGAGAAGCACGGUGUCAUCCACCGCGACGUCAAGCCCUCCAACAUCCUGCUGGACGAGCGGGGCCAGAUCAAGCUCUGUGACUUCGGCAUCAGCGGCCGCCUGGUGGACUCCAAAGCCAAGACGCGGAGCGCUGGCUGCGCCGCCUACAUGGCACCCGAGCGCAUUGACCCCCCAGACCCCACCAAGCCGGACUAUGACAUCCGGGCUGACGUAUGGAGCCUGGGCAUCUCGUUGGUGGAGCUGGCAACGGGACAGUUUCCCUACAAGAACUGCAAGACGGACUUUGAGGUCCUCACCAAAGUCCUACAGGAAGAGCCCCCGCUUCUGCCCGGACACAUGGGCUUCUCAGGGGACUUCCAGUCCUUCGUCAAAGACUGCCUUACUAAAGAUCACAGGAAGAGACCAAAGUAUAAUAAGCUACUUGAACACAGUUUCAUCAAGCGCUACGAGACGCUGGAGGUGGACGUGGCGUCCUGGUUCAAGGAUGUCAUGGCGAAGACUGAGUCACCGCGGACUAGCGGCGUCCUGAGCCAGCCCCACCUGCCCUUCUUCAGGUAGCUGCUUGGCGGCGGCCAGCCCCACAGGGGGCCAGGGGCAUGGCCACAGGCCCCCCUCCCCACUUGGCCACCCAGCUGCCUGCCAGGGGAGACCUGGGACCUGGACGGCCACCGAGGGCUGAGGACAGAGAGUGGGGGGUGCCCACCCACCCCCCGCCCCGGGCCUACCAAGCCCCCGCCCUUCCCACCCCGGGGUCAGCCGGCCGUGUGCGUCCCCCGACAGACACUGUGAACGGAAGACAGCAGGCCGCCAGCAGAGUCGCUGUUCAUUCAGCUGCAGCCUCUGGGCCGGGGCGGCCCCCAGGGGCCAGGAGAGAGCCCUGGAGUCCCGCAGCCACCAUGCACGCUCCCAGCGUGCUGUGCCCUUCGCCACUCCCACGCGCGCGUUCCUCUUCCGUCGCCCUCUGUCCCCCGCUCUACCUCUCUGUCCUUGUCUGGCUCUCCCGUCACCCUCCCUGCCUCCGUCUCUCUCCUGGCCUGAGCCUGGGCCCAGCCACCUCCUGACGGGUCCCCUGGGUCUGCAUAGGUCUCCCAUGGCGCAAUGAGUCAGUGGCCCCCAGCCAGGUGGUGUGGGCAUUGCCACUGCGGCCGGACGGGGCUGCGCGCUCUCUCUCUCUCUGUCUCUCUCUCUCUCUUUGAUCUCAGGGGGUCCUUUUUGGAGUUUAUUGUAUUUUAUUGUACUUGGUGGGGUGUUUGGGGUGGGGGCAGAGGAGAGCUUGUUCUCGUGGGGUUGUCGGUACCUUCAGAAACUUUUACCAAAGUCACGAUUAGCUGCUUGUGGUGGGGCCCCAACCGCCCUCGGGCACUGGGGAGCUGGGCUGGGGCCGCUGCUCUGGGGUCUCCGGGGGCCACAGCUUGGGGUGAGUUGAAGACCUCAGGGGGUGCGGAGGGGUCUGCGGGGCCCUGGCCGCACAGGAUGGCCUUCAGGGAAGGUGGGCUUGGGGCAUGGCGCAGAGCAGGUGACCGGAGGGAAUCGGGUGUCGGAGCGGGGCCAAGGGAGGGGUCCGGAGGGAGUCAGGGAUCCAGGGCAGAGGGAGUGGAUGUGGGGGUUUGAGGACGUGUGACAAGCUCCAGCAGGGAUGGGGGCCAGGCCGAGGGUGGGAGUGCGAGGCGGUCACUCCCAUCGUGCCUCUGGCCGUCCCUUCACUCACCCACACCUGGCCCAGCCCACGUUGAGGUCCAGGACUGGGAAGGACCGGGUGAGUGCACCGGGGGCCCAGGCUAGGUGCCUCCCGGAGCCUGCUGGGGUGGCCAGAGCAGGAGGGGGUGUGUUUCCUUUUUGUGGGUGUUGCAUGCAAAUCAAGUGGACAAGAGAAAAUAACAAAACAAAAAACAAGAAAACCACAAAACCCCGUAAAAUCACAAAGAAAAACCAACACCAAAGGCGCAGAAGCCAGCUGGCUGUGGCGGGGGCAGCGUAGGCGUAGCAUCCCUCUCCUCUCACCUAGCCUGUUGACUCUUGUUAUUACCAUGAUAUUCACAAAACGCCGCAUGUUAAAAAAGUCAUAGACGUCAUCUUCUCUCUGCCCCCAGGGAAGAAAGCCACCUUCUCUUGCCCCUUGGCCCCUUUGUCAGGGGCCAGGGGUCUGCUGGGUGGGGGUGCCAACAGGCCUGGCCCUUUCCUCCCCGUCCAGCCUUGGGGGCCUCUGCGAUUGCCAGAAGGUUGCAUGGCUGGUCCCAGGGCCAGCACAGGCCCGAGGCCGGGCUGCCUGGUUUUAUUUUUAUUUAACUUUUUCUGUUUUACGAGUGUGUGUCCGCUCACCCCCACCCCCUUCAGUGUUAAGUGGGGAGCCCUGGGAGAGUCUCUCCUGCCUCCCAGCCUCUCCCAAGACCUCCCCCCUCGUCACCAGCCAUCCCUCUGGACCAGGCAGAGGGCGGACCGGGCGGGCAGGGGCCUGAGGGUGGCUUGGGCCAGCCCACCGGCCAAUGGACCCCUCCUCAGGCCGCCAGUGUCGCCCUGCCCCUUUUUAAAACAAAAUGCCCUCAUUUGUAAACCCUUAGACGCUUGAGAAUUAAACCCCUCCCUUUUCUUCCA